AUGAAUAAAAGACACAUUAAGAUUGCUUUGGCACUUUUAAGUGCCGUAGGAUAUAUGCAAAAUAUAGCAUUUGCAAACGAAAGCAUUCCAAGCGUCGAUUUUUCAUAUGAAGAAAGUAAACAACUAUUAUCUCCCGAUAUUGAACAUUUUAAACAACUAUUUUCUAUCAAUUCUGAAGACGUUGAACGUCUAUUAUGUACCGACCCUAAUGAAGCUAAACAAGCAGAGGAUGUCGCAGCCGAAGCUUUAGCUCAUCUACAAUAUCAUGCCGAAAAUACAGAUGAUUACUACUUAUAUUCUAAGGAAGAUGAAGAAGCAAUUAUAUAUUUUAAAAGUUUUAACGGCACUGACAUUGGAAAGCUUGAUCUUAUAAUCCCCAACCCUGAUUGUUAUGAUGAUAUAAUAAAAAUGUUAUGGAAUCCCAAUGCCGGAAAGUACUUCGAUGAUUCAUUUAUUAAAGGAAACAUUGCUCGAAUAUACAAUAAAAAUUUAGGAAUUGUACACCAACGUCAACGCAAUAUUAGAUCAUGGCAUGGAUAUUAUCAUGCAUUAUCCAGCAAAAAUGAAUUAUCAAAGGACGAAACUGUAAUAAUCAUGGUUUCAUCAAAUAUGAAUGACCAUGAUCAUAAAAACAAUAAAGAUUAUAUAAAUCCUAUCGUAGAAAGUGCAAACUCAUUCAAGCCUGAUAUUGAUUCUGAAGAAGAUAUUAGAAAUGGAAAAUUAUCCAAAGUGUACAUUAACUUAGUAGGAUUUAUUAUUAAAAAGGAGCCCGACUAUAUUAAAAUUACCUAUAUCAUUUCUAUCGAUAUAAACAUGCGAUGGGUCCCAAAUUACUUUCUUAGAAAAAUCAUAUACAACAAAAUUUUAGAUAUCGUCAAAUUAAGGGAUAUUUUUAAAAAGGAAUAA